AUGUCGGACACCUGUAUCGUUUGUUUGGGAGACUUGGGCGAAGGCACGGGCGAUCCUCUGGAGCCUCUAGGUGACCUCAACCUCAAGGAUGAGGACUCCCAGAUCGCUCAGCUACUGCCCUGUGGUCAUAUCCUACACAAUAAUUGUUUGAAGCCAUGGGUAGAGCGAGCAAACAGUUGCCCCAUCUGUCGCCAAAGUUUUAAUAUGGUGGAGUUGAGUGACCGGCCUGGAGGAGCUGUUGUAUCAUCUUAUGCUGUUCAAGACCGAACACAAACGGCCGACAUCGACCCUUCUAUGAUCAUCGAGUACGUGGAGGAUGACUUGGCCGACUACCAACCUUGUACGAUUUGCGGGCAAGCCGAUAACGAAGAUGUCCUCCUACUAUGUGACGGAUGCGACAUACCAUCCCACCUCUAUUGCAUCGGACUAGACGAAAUCCCACCGGGGGCAUGGUAUUGCCAACAAUGCGAAUCACAACGUGCACUGGGGCCUGCGCCCGAGGCACCGCCGGCGCGACCACCUCGAUCUGAGCAGCGGACCCAACGAAGCCAGCGGAGCCAGCGGACCCGAGCACAGCAACGACGUCUACAGAAUCGCAACCAGACAAACUCGCUCCAUUGGGCACGAGUCUGGCAGUCUGUUUGGGACAAUCUCAACCUGGAUCUGGAUUUCCCGUUCGACGACGAUCGAUCUGCGGAACGGGUGAUCCAGCAGCGGCGUCGCGAAGAGGCGAACCAGCGCGAGUUUCAAGCCUGGCAACGUCGCUUCGAAGUUGCCGAAAGACAGGGCGGCGGGAAUCGUUUUCGCGAUGCAGCACCGCUGUUCGAUGUUGAGGCUGCCCGGCCCUCGCGCCCCAGGGUCCCCAGAGUUCCAUCGCCAGAGCCUGAAUCUCUAGAGGAGAUGCGUGCAUGGAAUGCAUUUGAAAGAGCACGAGAAAUCGAAAACAACCCUAAUGCAGCCCGGAAGCGCAAAGAGCCUACUAUGUCGCCAUCCCCCGAACCUACCGAGCCUCAGCGCAAGUUGAAACGCCCACGAACUAGAAGGCCGCAAGAGCUCGCUGCCCUGGCACAGCAGAAUCAAAAUGGUGAAUCAUCGCGCGCCGGUGCCGCAAGUUCCAGCGCACGGCCAAACGGCGAGAACCCGGCUGGACCGAGCUUCCUCUCAUCACUCUUGAAGGAAGUUGAAGACGCUCCUAGUCGGACGAAUUCAUACGGGCCUUCUGCCUCGACAUCUGUCGCACCCACCGACCAUCCUUCGCCAGGACCUUCAUCUCCAUCUAUCUCGCCAACCUCCUCCAGCUACUCAUCGCCUCUUCUCUCAUCGGCCACACCCCCGCCUUUCCCGCGCAGCCGCCCCAUCUCCCCUCUCCAACUCUCAUCGCCGGCCGAACCACCCUCUCCACCAUUCUCCCCCGAACUUCCAUUCUCAGUCAGUCCACCGCGCAACCAAGAAUCCACCCGCCAAUCCGCUCGACCUCGCUCCCGCAUCCCUCAACGCUUAAACACCGCCACCUCCCACCCUCACUCCCACUCUCGCUCCCCGGACUCAUCUCCAACCCGCGCCGGUCCAUCUCUGGCCCUGAAAGCAGACAUCCAGAAGAUGGUCGGCACAGCACUCAAGCCCCACUACAAGAAGAAGACCAUAUCGAAAGAGCAAUACACCAAUAUCAACCGCUGCAUCUCUCGCAUGCUCUACGACCGAGUCGGUGAUCGCGAAACCCUCGAGCCGGACGAACGCACCAAUCUCGAUACCGAGGCUCGACAUGAAGUUCAGAAUACAAUUGACGCGCUGAAGCGGCAGAGCAAAGAGAAACAGAAACAGCGGGCUGCAGAUGAUAAUUAA